AUGGAUACUCCCAGGGUUCUGCUCUCGGCCGUGUUCCUCAUCAGUUUCCUGUGGGAUUUGCCGGGUUUCCAGCAGGCUUCCAUCUCCUCUUCCUCGUCCUCCGCCGACCUGGGCUCCGCCAAGGGAAUGCGAAGCCGCCAGGAAGGGAAGAUGCCCCGGACGCCGCCCGAGAGUGGCACGGCCCGGGCGCCCCCGGAGCUGCAGGAGCCGCCACCGCGGGCGCAAGAGGAGCCCCAGGAGCCGCCGCGGGCGCAGGAACCUCCGGGCGGGAGCCCGCGCGUGGUGCCCCACGAGUACAUGCUAUCCAUCUACAGGACCUACUCCCUCGCGGAGAAGCUGGGCAUCAACGCCAGUUUCUUCCAGUCUUCCAAGUCGGCCAACACGAUCACUAGCUUUGUAGACAGGGGACUCGACGAUCUCCCGCACACCGCUCUCCGGAGACAGAAGUAUUUGUUUGAUGUGUCCACGCUCUCAGACAAAGAAGAGCUGGUGGGCGCGGAGCUGCGGCUCUUUCGCCAGGCGCCCGCGGAGCCCUGGGGGCCGCCCGCCGGGCCGCUGCGCGUGCAGCUCUUCCCCUGCCUGUCGCCCCGGCUGCUGGACGCGCGGACCCUGGACCCGCAGGGGGCGCCGCGGGCCGGCUGGGAAGUCUUCGACGUGUGGCAGGGCCUGCGCCACCAGCCCGGGAAGCAGCUGUGCCUGGAGCUGCGGGCCGCGGGGGACGAGCCGGACGCCGCCGGGGAGGCCGAGGCGCACGCACCGCCGGGGCCCCAGCGGCCGCCGCCCCCGGACCUGCGGAGUCUGGGCUUCGGCCGGAGGAGGCGGCCCCCCCAGGAGCGCGCCCUGCUCGUCGUGUUCACCCGAUCGCAGCGCAAGAACCUGUUCGCCGAGAUGCGCGAGCAGCAGCUGGACUCGGCCGAGGCGGCGGGGCCCCCGGGCGCGGGGUCGUGGCCGCCGCCGCCGCCGUCGGGCGCCCCGGACGCGGACGCCGUCGGGCCUUGGCUGCCCUCGCCCGGCCGGCGGCGGCGGCGCACGGCCUUCGCCAGCCGCCACGGCAAGCGGCACGGCAAGAAGUCGAGGCUGCGCUGCAGCAAGAAGCCCCUGCACGUGAACUUCAAAGAGCUGGGCUGGGACGACUGGAUUAUCGCGCCCCUGGAGUACGAGGCCUACCACUGCGAGGGCGUGUGCGACUUCCCGCUGCGCUCGCACCUGGAGCCCACCAACCACGCCAUCAUCCAGACGCUGAUGAACUCCAUGGACCCCGGCUCCACGCCGCCCAGCUGCUGCGUGCCCACCAAAUUGACUCCCAUCAGCAUCCUGUACAUCGACGCGGGCAACAACGUGGUCUACAAGCAGUACGAAGACAUGGUGGUGGAGUCGUGCGGCUGCAGGUAGCGGCGCCGGUCCCGCCGCCGUGGCCCGUGACCGCUGGGGAGGCCUGACCGCAGCGUCGGGAGAGGAGCUGGCCUGGGAGGCAGAGGGGAGGGAGCAGCAGCCUGGACAUGCGGCAGCCGGAGGGGCGAGGAGGGAGCCCGGCCUUCCCGGGACCUUUCACCCGCCAGCCCAGAGGGAGAGGCGCGUUUUCACACCCCGCCUGGCCGCCCCGGGAAAAACAAGCCGAGGACGAUGGAUGUCUGUCUGUCGUUUUUUGGUUUUGUUUUUUCAUCUUUGUGAUCGUGGCUUUGGAUUUCCUGGUGUGUCUCACAGGGUUUGGUUGGAGGUGGGGGAGGGGAGACAUGUACCUGUUUCUCAACUGCUUCGUGGAUUGGAGAGAGAGAGAGAGAGAGAGAGAGAGAGAGAGAGAGAGAGAGAAUAAUUUAAGAAGAGAAACAGUGUGGGAGGGAGACUCACCUCUGACCACAUCUUGGUUUGACUGUUUUCUUCCUGGGUAAGGAUUGGGUGUCUUCCCGCCACGUCCUGGCCCAGGCCCCGUGGCCUCCCACACAGAACGUGUUAAAGUAGAGGAAUUGGCACCAGGAAUAGGGGAGCCCGAGGAAGGCCUUAGAGGAGCACAGAGAGCGGAGGGCCCAGGUGGGCCUUUUCCAUGGGGCACCCGGCUCUGCCCUGGCCUCCCCCGGCAUAGGGAACUGGCAACCUGCAUCUCACUCCAGGGGCGCAGGCCACACUGCCUUUACUGUCGCCUUUCCUGGUGGGGAAGGGGGAGCUGGUAUGGAUGGAAUGACAGGAAUGAGUCCGAGUGGAACCCCCUGAGGAUAGUGAGAAACCACAAGGCCUGCCUGGGACGCCUGACACUCAGGUGCAUGAGCCCUGGCUGGAGGUGACCUAGGACAGCCCCUCCUGGUGUCAGUCUCUAAUUGAUUUCUUUGAACAGAAUUUGCCAAAAUUCAGACAUCUGCUUUUAAGGGGAAGGCAAUUUCCCAGUUAAACAAACAAACAAACAAACAAACAAACAAACAAAAAAUGGGUAGGGGUGGGGAACUAUAUAGCUAAGGGAAGAGGUGCAGGGGGAAAAGGACCCCAGAAACAAAAGGGUGAGGUGGUGGGUCCCCGAGGAGGAUGGGGAGAAGGGGCAGGCCGGGAGCAGAGAAGGGAAGGAUGAAAGGGGAUGCGAGUCCCUGUCUCCCAAAUUUCUUUAAAAUCUGUGUUUCUUCCUCUCCGUCUGUGACAUUCCUGAAAGAUUACCAGCCAGCAAUAGCCCAGGGCUCCCCUCCAAAGAAUUGUUUCAGAUUGUAAUUACCAGUUAGGCAAUGUUUUUAAAGCUUUGUAAUGAGAAACUGUGAAAAGAGCAAAGUGUUACAUUGAGCUUGGGGUGGGAGAUGGGAGACCUGGCAGUGAGGAAGGAGGCAGGGGGUGGAAUUCAUCUCCAGGAAGGAAGCAGGAGGGAGCACAGAGCAAUUGAAAUGCCGGCUCCCAGAUCGUCAAAAACAUGAACUUUCCCCAGCCUGCACCAGUAUUAUUUUCAAACAUCGCCCAUAAGUAGGCCCUUUGAAAAGUUUGCUUCCUCCUCGUCGUCGUUGACCAUGAAAUGGUUUAAACAAGGGAACUCACACCAAUCAUUACAAACGUUUUGUUUUUCCAAAGUGGUUUUGCUCUCUCUGGAUCUAAACCUGUUGCUUGUUUGGUUCAGAGAACUACAUGUCAAAGAAAGGGUGAGAAUGAUAGUAAAUGCUAAUAUAAAAUGCUGAGAGGAGAAAAAAGAAAAGAGUUGGCCAGGAGAAAUAAUUUAAAAUGCACAUUUGCUUUGGAUGCACUGUUGUUCUGUUAAAGACUGUAUAUAUUUGUUUAUUUAAGGUGACUGGAAAUGCAAAGAGGAAAUGGACAGCAUGCAAUUCAUCUUAAUGUACAAAACGUUAUAUGCACUCAAAUGUUAUAAUUUCUAAUAUUUUUAAAGUUUAUAUUCGAGUUGUACAAAGUUAAACAUUAAUCAGAUAUUUCAUUCUUUCUUAAUGUUAUCAUUUUCUUAAAUAUUAUUACAAAAAUUUUUAAGUCUG